GGUCACUACAGGUGGGUUUUGGUUUAUUAGUUCCCUUCUUAUUAUUUGAAAUUAUUUUCAAGUCUUUAUCGUAUCUACAGAUUCACUAAACAAAAUGCUAGAUUCAUCAUCGAAGCUGUGAGCGACGAUUUAGCCUCCCGAUCAAAUCGAGGGGGAGCACUUUCCCCUGAGCUCAUUGUUCUGGUCUCGUUACGAUACCUGGGCAAAGGAUCGUACCAAAGUGAUACCGGUAGUUGUCUCAUACAUACGUCACGUCCUUUUUUUCCAAUCCCACUUAAUUUCAUUUUUAUAAGGUGAUCUUCAUAACAUUUCUCAACAAUCUGUGAGCAAUUGCGUGAGAAAGUUUGUUACAGCACUGGCUUCAAAAAAAAGAACAUUUAUCAGGUUUUCAACAGACACUCGAAGCCUUCAAAGAAUGAAGCAAGAUUUUUUUAGCAUUGCUAGGUUCCCUCAGUGCAUUGCAGCGGUAGACUGCACCCACAUUAAAAUUAAAAACCCAGGUGGCGAGUUCGGUUCUCGCCAUAGAUGCCGAAAGAAUUUCUAUUCAAUUAAUGUUCAGGUUGUUUGUGACGCGCAUGGCAAAAUUCUAGACAUAGUUGCUAGAUGGAGAGGAUCAGCUCAUGAUUCAAGAAUAUGGCGUGAAUCUGCUAUAGCAAACCAUUUGCAAAAUGUAGAUUUAAGGGGAGGAGUUGUUUUGGGCGACGGUGGGUACGCAUGUUCAAAAAUAUUGAUGACACCAUUUAGAAUAUCGGCUGAAUUAAGUCCAGCAGAACAGCGCUACAACAAAGCGCAUAUUCGAACAAGAAUAACGGUGGAACAACUAUUUGGUCAGCUCAAAAACAAAUUUCGUGCGUGUUUUAAUGGCAUCAACAUCAACUAUGACACAGCCAAAGCAACAAUUGUUGCAAUCGCAAUAUUGCACAAUAUUUCAAAGGAUGGUUCAAACGGUGAUUUUACAUUUUUUUAGUAACCUGGGGUCUCCAUUGGACAUUUCCGAUGACAGGACUAUCGGCAAGUCAUCAGAAAAUCUAAUGGAGACCAACAAUCCAACAUCCAGCCCAUGACCCUGAGGCUCCACAAGAGUAAAAUCUAAUCCAAAUUCUCUUCCGCAAUCUCAUCCGCAAUCCAGUGUUCAAACAAUUUUUAGAUGGACAUUUUUUGAAAUAAUUUUUUGAAUUUAAUAGAGUUUACGGAAUCAGUUAGCAGACAUAAAUUAAAACUCCGAACCCU